CCUUUACGGGUCGGGUCAUUAGGUUUGGGUAUCGGUCCAUUUAGACUUUAUAGGAUAUAUAUAAGGCAACCCUGUGAAAUAAAUUGGGAAUCAGGAACAAAAACCCUAGGAGCAACCAGUAGCCCGGAGCCGCACAAGUUCUAGAAACACCGAGAAAGCAGCCAUGGCCGUACCUCUGCUGACCAAGAAGAUCGUGAAGAAGCGUGUUAAGCAGUUCAAGAGGCCUCAAAGUGACCGUUAUAUCUCCGUCAAGACCAACUGGCGUAGGCCCAAGGGUAUUGAUUCCCGCGUAAGAAGAAAGUUUAAGGGAUGCACUCUGAUGCCGAACAUUGGUUACGGGUCAGACAAGAAGACUCGUCACUAUCUUCCCAAUGGCUUCAAGAAGUUCGUUGUUCACAAUGUUAAGGAGCUGGAGCUUUUGAUGAUGCAUAAUAGGACAUACUGCGCUGAGAUUGCACACAAUGUUUCAACUAAGAAGAGAAAGGACAUUGUUGAGCGUGCUGCACAACUAGACAUAGUCGUUACCAACAAGCUCGCGAGGCUGCGUAGUCAGGAAGAUGAGUAAUCGCUUUGUGCUUGACUGUGUGGAGUACGUGCUGGAGAGUAAUUUUGUUUUAGAAUGUUAUGUAAGACUUCAAUAUCAAAUUUCUAGCUUAAUUGAACCAAGUUACUUUUGCUAGUCCACUCGUUAUUUUGAUUUGUCAACUUAGACCUCCAAUGAUAUACAAUGGCUGCUACUCAUUUUACUUCCCUGACACUAGAGAUGUAUUUUAAGAGCUUGCUGUUCCCCCUUUGCA